GGACUGGAGGACCGAGCGUGAGCGGCUGGUCCUCCAGCUAACAAAAACAAAAACAAAAACAGAAUUAGCUGGAAAAACUCAGCAGGUCUGGCAGCAUCGGCGGAGAAGAAAAGAGUUGACGUUUCGAGUCCUCAUGACCCUUCGACAGAACUUGAGUUCGAGUCCAGGAAAGAGUUGAAAUAUAAGCUGGUUUAAGGAUAUUAAAUGGGAAGGAUUUGCAGACGGGAAACUCAAACCAAAUGUCACAUCAAGAUCUUAAGAGUCACUCGAUUCAUUAGGGCCUGAAUAUCGGCAGACUUUGACCAUGGAAGGAAAAGGAUAUGAGAAGGGGCGAAUUGACAGACGGGAAACUCAAUUCAAGAAUCACAUCCAGAUCUGAAACAUUCACUCCGUUCAUCGGGACUUGACUGUCAUCAGCAUUGAAUGUGGAAGGAAUAAGGGUAUAAGAAGGGAAGAACUUGCAGUCAAGGAACUCAAACCAAACAUCACAUCAGGAUCUGAUGGAAUUGGCCAAUUUAUCGUAAUCUGAAUAUCUUCGGAUUUUGAACAUGGAAGGAAAAAGCACUGUUCACAGUGGGAACAAACCGUGGAAAUGUGGGGACUGUGGGAAGGGAUUCACUCGGUCAUCCCAUCUGCUCAUACACCAGCGAGUUCACACUGACGAGAGACCUUUUAAAUGUCCAGACUGCGGGAAGUGCUAUAAAAGUUCUGGGAACCUGAUGUCCCAUCAACGUGUUCACACUGACGAGAGACCAUUCAGGUGCUCUCACUGUGGGACUGGGUUCAGAGAAUCAUCCCAACUCACUGUGCACCAGCGAGUUCACACUGGGGAGAGACCGUUCACCUGCUCCAAGUGUGGGAAGGGAUUCACUCAAUUAUCCCAUGUGCUGAGACAUGAGAGAGUUCACACUGGGGAGAGACCUUAUAAAUGCCCAGACUGUGGGAUGUGCUAUAAAAGUUCUGGGGAACUGAUGUCCCACCAACGUGUUCACACUGACAAGAGACCAUUCAGGUGCUCUCACUGUGGGGCUGGGUUCAUGCUAUCAGCGGAAUUCACUGCACACCAGCGAGUUCACACUGGGGAAUGGCCCUUCACCUGCUCCAAUUGUGGGAAGGGAUUUGCUCAGUCAUCCCAAUUGCUGACACACCAGCGAGUUCACACUGGAGAGAGGCCGUUCACCUGUUCCGAGUGUGGGAAGGGAUUCAUUCGGUCAUCCCACCUGCUGACACACCAGCGGGUUCACACUGGGGAGAGGCCUUUCACCUGCUUUGAAUGUGGGAAGGGAUUCGCUCAGUCAUCCACUCUGGUGUAUCACCAGCGAAUUCACACUGGGAAUAGGCCAUUCACCUGCUCCGAGUGUGGGAAGAGAUUCACUCGGUUAUCCCACCUGCAGAAUCACCAGCGAGUUCACGUGGGGCGAAGCAGUUCACCUGCUCUGAGUGUGGGAACAGAUUCACUACCUCAUCCCAGCUUUCUUCACCUCCUAAACUCUCUGCGCCAUUGUUGCCACUUGCACAUUGCGACAACUGAUCUUCAGUGGGAAAAUGAACAACUUUCCGAUCGAGUUGUUUCUGGGGCGCAUGGCAUUGUCACCACCAUUACUUUGCUACUGUCGCUAAGAGUUUUCAGAUGGAAGGAAAAAGCACUGUUCACAGUGGGAAGAACCCGCACAUCUGUUCUGUGUGGACGAGGCUUCAGCCGAUUAUCUGGUCUGUCGAGACACAAGCACAGUCACAAUGGGGAGAUAUCGUGUAAAUGUGGGGAUUGUGGGAAAGAAGGCAAUUUCCUGUCAAAGCUGGAAACUCAUCAGUGCAGCCACACUGGGGACAAACCAUUCACCUGCUCUGAGUGUGGAAAGGGAUUCACUCAGUCAUCGAACCUGUGGACACAUCAGCGAGUUCACUCUGACGAGAGACCUUUUAAAUGUCCAGACUGUGGGAAGUGCUAUAAAAGUUCCGGGGAGCUGAUUCGUCAUCAACAGGUUCACACUGAUGAGAGGCCAUUCAGGUGCUCUCAGUGUGGGGCUGGGUUCAGGAGGCCAGUGCACCUCACUGAACACCAGCGCACUCACACUGGGGAGAGGCCGUUCACCUGCUCAAAGUGUGGGAAACGAUUCAUUACCUCAUCCCAUUGGCUGAGACACCAGCGAGUCCACACAGGUGAGAGGCCGUUCACCUGCUCAAACUGUGGGAAAGGAUUCAUUACCUCAACCCACCUGCAGUCACACCAGCGAGUUCACACUGAGAAGAGACCUUUUAAAUGCCCAGACUGCGGGAAGUGCUAUAAAUGUUCUGGGGACCUGAUGUCCCAUCAACGUGUUCACACUGACGAGAGACCGUUCAGGUGUUCUCACUGCGGGACUGGAUUCAGGUGGCCAUCUCAACUCAUUGUGCACCAGCGAGUUCACACUGGGGAGAGGCCUUUCAUCUGCUCCAAGUGUGGGAAGGAAUUCAUUAACUCAUCUAACCUGCUGAGACACCAGCGAAUUCACAAGUGACUACAGUGAUUGGAUUUUGCUGUUAAUCACAUCCAGGACUGAAGUUCAUUGGGGUCUGUUUUUGCUGAUGUUAAUAAACCCCAGCCCAGUUAUAAGUUUUCUGGAUGAAAGUCAAAUAAAUCAGGUUGUGUUAAAAACAUCGAGUUGAGUC